AGAGAUUGGGGUAUUUGAGGGUGUCAUGUAGAAAAUGAGAAGACUUAAACUUCAAACGGAAACUCGCAAAUAACUACAUGAAUAUGCUGCAGUGAGAAGGUCUUUUUUUUUUUUUUUUGGCGUUGUUUUGCUUAAAUAUGCAAGGUCUGUUUUGAGAAAAGCAUAAGCCUGGAUGGCGAAAAUAGUUGCUCCAAAACCUGUGUAUAUUGUUAAGCAUUAACAAUGCUGUCCCAGAUGUGUAAGUUAUUGGAAAUACAAUACAAUACAAUACAAAAUCCUACUGAUCCGUGGGUGUGGGUACAAAUUUUUUUUUUUUUUUUUGGUCCAUCAAGGUGUUAUCAAGUGGAUGAUCCAUGUUUUUUAGAAUGGCCUCUACCUUCCUCGGUGUGCAUCUCUCCACUGUAUCCUAACAACUGUAUCAUGGAGAACGUCACACUGAACUUCACCUGUUGCCUUGGGUGGGAUGUAUACAAGUAUUGUUAUGAUAUGACUGAACUUCUUUGGAACAUAAUAAGAGAGUUCAGUCAUAUCAUAACAAUACUUUCCAUUUAUUCCACGUGGGCACACAAAUAUACAUUACCAUACCAUCACAGAAGAACUGUGUGUUGUCAGAUAGGUGGUCCCUCUGCUUAUUAGGGCAGAGGAGACAAUGGUGAUAAAGGGAAACAUCUCAUCACUUUGCUGAUGGACAUUCGAAUAAACACAUAGAAGACAUCAAGAGCUGGGAUUGUAUUUGAUAUGCAUCAUAUUAAAACCAUAAAGUUAAGAUCUGCAGUGAAGUUUUGACACUCAUCUUUUUCUCUCAGGGUGAUUGUGAUCCUAAUUGCAGUCAUAAAUGUUUGUGCAGAGUAGACACUUAUCAGUUUUAUUAUUCUGCGGAAACACAAACAGACAGGAAUAAGAUAUACAUUUAUUUGUGUGCUUUAAAGGGUUCUAGGACAGAUAUUUACUCUUUACUUACAUAUUUAACAUCCUUGUCUUGUUUUUGAUGAUGGAAUCAAAGUUGGAGUAAGAGGAUAAUGUUUUAGUUCCUGUUUGUGUUCAAAAUAACCAAUCAAACGAGAGGAUCAAUCAGAGCCAAUUCCAACCAGGUGAGAUCACAAACUAACCAACCAGGCAAUCCAGUGUCAAAACACUUCUCUGCAGUGAAGUGCUCCCUCAGAUUUAGGCAUCAGCAUGUCCUACAAUGCCAAAUACUCUCCUCUCCGGCGCUCACACAGGUUAACACCUCCUGAGCCAAGUCAUAAAGAGUGUGACGCAGUCAUCAGCUCCAGUAUGAAAGGGCAAACUCUGCUCAGGAAGACAGACAGCGCAGUGCUGUUCAGGUCAGAUGAUCCCCCUGAUGACGGCACCCCGGCUCUGAAGGCUCAGGCCUGGCCGCAGCGAGCUGAGGAAAUGGCAGGAGUGGAGCAACUGCUGAGGAAGUGCCAGAUCAAAAAUAAGCUGGUCAGGGAGUGUUUGGCUGAGUGUCUGGGGGUCUACGUCCUGAUUGUGAGUGAUUUGAGACCUUUAGGGGCACUUUUUCUCGUGCAUAAAUGUGUCAAAAUGAGGCCAAAGAUUAACUCUUCAGAGCGCUGCAGCUUAGGCUUUAUCUCUGCAUCAUAAUGUUUUGAUAGUAGAUGCAGCUUUUUGAUUUCUCUUAAACAGGCAACAAGAAGAGAUAACAGUGCAUUUCUGCUCUAAAACUGAGUUGAAAUUCUUACUUGAUCAGUAAUCUCAGAAUGACGUAUUGCAAAUGCAAAACUUGAACUUUUGUUUUGACACGGCUGGUGCUCCACUGGUAACUGAGGACUUUGGCCUGAAGACAGAAAGAGAGUGACAGUGAGAGAGCAUGACAGUGACUGUGUUUGUGUGUUUUUUUAUCUAUUUGACCGUCUCUCACCUGUCAGGGUCGUUAACAUUUAUGGCCGAUAUCAUAAAGAUGGUUCAUUUGUGAUGAUGUUCAUGGAAAAGAGGAUUAUCCUACAAUGUGCUGGAACUGUUUGAACUUUUUAUAUGAAUAUAAAGUUUAAGGUUUCCGUUUGUAACUCAAAGCUUCAACAGUCGGAUUCUGACAGUCUAAUAAUCUUAUAACUCUGCUGUCUUUGUCUUCUAUACUCUCAGCUGUUUGGAUGUGGCUCUGUCGCCCAGGUGACCACAACUGAAGAAAAGAAAGGACAGUACCUGUCAAUCAACUUGGGUUUCGCUCUGGGAGUAACAUUUGGGGUCUUUGUGUCACGCGGUGUGUCAGGUAGGAAACUGAAUGAAAAUCAGCUGUAAGGAUGUUUAUAUGUUUAUGAACCUGAAUUAAACUCCACAGUUAGAGUGGAGCGUUACGUCGAAAGCGUGACCUCUGGGGGUUAUUUGGAUCAUGGUUUAGGACUAGGAGUUACAAGACCACCAAAAAAUAGUCUGUGGGUGACGAACAUCCUGAUUAAUUCAGCCACUGGGUUGUGCAGAAGAAGAGAGUGUGAAAUUAAAAACAUCAAUUGAUCAAAUUUUUAUUUUCUAGUGUGCAUCAUCACUGUGUAUGGGGAAAUUGUAAUUUUUCUCUUUUACUACACUAUUUAUCCAACUCUUGAUUUUCCAUUUGGCAAAAAGAGUGAAUGAAAAAAGUGUUUUUUAAAGUGUUUUCUGACAGUCUUGAUUGUUUUCCUCACCAAGGUGCUCAUCUGAACCCAGCUGUGUCUCUGAGUUUGUGUGUUUUGGGCAGACAUCCCUGGAUCAAGCUGCCAUUUUUUGUCUUCUUCCAAGUGCUCGGAGCAUUUCUGGGAGCAGCCACAGUCGCUGUGCAAUACUACGGUGGGUUUUACACCGUCUGAGCAAAAUUAAACUGUGAUUUCUUAAGGAACAUUAAGACAGUGGAAUAAAGGAAAUGUUUUUUGUUGUCUGUAAAUUUAAUGAAAAGAUAAAAACAAAGAAUCCCAAUGAUUUCUAACCAAGAAAAACUGGGCAAUUCAGAUUUUGGCAAACAGUAUAUUCAAGGGGAAGUUUUUAUUGCCGUUUAUGGUGUGUUAAGAAUCUGUUGUGUGUUUUUGCAUGUUUGAUUGGAUGUUUGCAGAUGCCAUUCACACGUACGGUGGAGGUGAGCUAACAGUGUCAGGUCCCACCGCUACAGCUGGCAUUUUCUGCACCUACCCAGCUGAAUACUUGACUCUAUUAGGAGGAUUCAUGGAUCAGGUCAGUCACAAAUCCAGAGUUUCCAAAUUGUAGUAUAGCUCGUGAAAUAUUCAGUAUUUUUAUCACCGCUGAAUAAUGGUUAAUAUGUUUGCUCAAGUACCUUUCUGCUGUCCGUUGUCCAGGUGAUAGGCACAGCUGCCCUCCUGCUGUGCGUCCUGGCCCUCGGGGACAAGAAGAACACUUCCGUCCAUGAAGGUCUUCAGCCCAUACUGGUGGGUGGUGUGGUGCUGGUUAUUGGCAUCUCAAUGGGCUGUAACAGCGGCUAUGCCCUCAACCCUGCCAGAGAUUUUGGACCUCGUUUAUUCACAUACGUUGCCGGCUGGGGAGACGAGGUUUUCAAGUUAGUAGAAUUCAUUUUUUAAAGACUGAAAUUUUCUCUUCUUUGUCUGUUGUGAACACAUGAGUUGGAUCUGUUAAUGUGUAACACUUUUGUAUCCGCAGAGCUGGAGGUGGUUGGUGGUGGGUGCCCAUUGUGGCCCCCUGUGUGGGUGCUUUAGUGGGGACUUUAAUCUACCAGCUAAUGGUCGAGGUUCACCAUCCUUCGACUCCAUCUGAGCCGCAGAGUUGGUGUCAGGAGGCCACUGACGGCGAGACGAGUGUGGAGCUUGAAGGGGUGGAGCCUAGCUGUGGAAAACCUACGUAGUGCUCGAGUGGAGCAAAGAACUGUCACACAUUAAAGGCUAUUUAUGGGAUCAAGCUAAGUAGAUCUAUUGUUUGUGUCUGUUUGAUGGAAUAAGUUUUUUUCUGGUCUCAUUUGGAGCUAAAUAUGAACACAGUGGAAGAUUUAAAGGGAUAUUACGGCGUAAAAUUAAUUUAGGGUCAAACAUACCGUAACACCGAGUUAGACUCCCCAUUGAGAGAUGAAUGUUGCCGACCGCUUGCUUCUCUAGUUAUACCAACUUUAGUAACAACCACAGGAUAGCAAUACACAACAGUCUGAGGAGCCAUAAACAAACCUCAACCAAAACGCCACUCUAUAGCCACAAAUAAUGCUCAGAACAGCACCUAACUUCAUCAACAGUACAUAUAGGGUCCUAGCCACAGCACUAGCCACCAAACAUCUUUUUAACUUUGCCUAAUUUCUUUAGCAAAGAGACUAAACACAACUCACCUACUCUCUUCCAGCAGCCGCUUGUUUGUAUCGAGACCUCAGGCCAGUCCAUUACGGACUGCUGCGGGGUGACGCAGCUCAAGGAAGAACAUUUAUGAUCAUUACUUUAUCAUUUCCUUGAAGUCAUAAUCACCAUAUUAAUCAUUUUGCAC